AUGAACAGCUCCGAAGCCGGCGACUACGAAGACUUUUUUAGCACCGAGCUGUUCGUCAAUCGCGAGUACGCUACGCAGGAGUUCGACUUUGGCGUGGCACAGCAGAAGCUGCAAUGCUCUCACGCCGCUUCCACGGACCACGACCUCACAGGUCAAGUCGUGUGGCCAGUCUCAGCUUUCCUAGCAUGGUACCUCGUGGCCCACCGUGAGGAACUUACUGGCAAGACAGUCGUCGAACUGGGCGCUGGCGCAGGCCUCAGUGGUCUUCUCGCGUCUCAAUUUGCAGCUCACACCGCCUUGACGGACGGCAAUGAUAUUGUGCUGGAGCUGCUGAAAGAAAAUGCCGAGACGAACGCCGACCAGAGCAAAGUGCAGGUGCUGCCGCUGCUGUGGGGUGAACGUGCGAGCGUUGAAGCUUUCGAACGCGCGUUUUCUCACCCUGUGGACGUGCUCGUUGGCGCCGACGUCGUGUGCUGGCCCAAUCUUGUGAAGCCUAUUCUACAGACGAUCAAGUACUUGCUGUUGCGCUCGCACGAACCGCUGGCGACCAAGUUUUGCUGCGGAUUCGUGUGUCGUGCGCAGUCGACAGAAGACCUGCUGUACAAAGAGGCAUCGGCGUUCGGCUUCCGGUUCGAGAUCGUCCAAGACGACACAUUUCUUCCCGCGCCGCGACCGGCUGAUGUGAUCUCGAACCGUGAAUUGCAGCUGAUCGUGUUCACGCUGGACCCGCACAAGGCCAAUUGGGACGAGUCCGUGACAUUUAAUGACGAUGAGCUGAAGAACCUGCAGACUGCUUGCUAG